GUUUCGUUAUCCCUGUUCUAUUUUAUUAAGGCUACAGCUGUAGGUAGCGCUUUCGUUCAGAGUAGCAGCGUGAGGGAAUAACAUGGAAUCAAGUUCGCAGGAGGAAAUCAGUGUUGAAGAUGAGGCUGUGGACAAAAGCAGCUUUAAGACAUGCAAUCAGAUUGCUUUCUAUAGACGUCAGAAACUUUUGUUUCCAGGGAAGUCCUUAUAUCGAGCCUUACUGGACACAGUGGAAUUAUCUGAUAGCAGUGUCAAGUUCCAAAUUCUCAAUGAAGAGUGCAAGGUUCCUCUUUUAGUAGAACUUUAUGAAAUAGAAGGCAAUAUUUUCAGACUUAAAGUUAAUGAAAUAGCACCAUUGAAACCAAGAUAUCAAGUCCCUGAUGUUCUCAUAAAAGAGCCUGCCAACCUCAGGCUAACAAUAUCACAGAAAGAUGCAGGCAAGCUUGUGCUGUCUUGCUCCAGUGAAAACCAGCAGCUUCACAUCACAGCAAAUCCAUUUCAGAUGCAGGUUGUUUCCAAUAAUGAGAUUGUAUUGAGCAUAAAUGCAAAUGGCCUGUUGUAUUUUGAGCAUCUGCAGCUUCCACCACAAAUAAGGGAAUCUACAUUGCAGAAAAAGGCAGUUGGAUCAGCAGACUCUUCUGAGGGAAAUCAAGAAGACUUGGGAUUGUGGGAAGAAAAGUUUGGUAGUUUUUUAGACAUCAAAGCCAGUGGUCCCAGUUCUGUAGGCCUUGAUUUUUCUUUACAUGGAUAUGAGCAUGUCUACGGAAUACCUCAACAUGCAGAGACGUUUCUGCUUAAAAACACCAGUGAUAAUGAUGUCUACCGGCUUUAUAACCUGGAUGUCUUUGGAUACAAGAUCCACAGCAAAAUGGGCAUUUAUGGUUCAGUGCCAUUGCUCUUGGCACACAAACCAGAUAGAACCAUUGGGGUCUUCUGGCUAAAUUCUUCCGAAACUCUAGUGGAGAUUGCUACCAAAGCUGCAGUGGAGGAACAGAGCAACUCAGCUGCAUUUACCUCAGAUGCCGACCUCUCUAGAACUCCAGACAUCUCAAAGCAGAGAGUGCUGCCUCAAACUGAUGUUCGCUGGAUGUCAGAAAGUGGAAUAAUUGAUACUUUCAUCCUAAUGGGGCCUUGUUCUUUUGAUACUUUUAAGCAAUAUGCAGAACUGACAGGCACUCAGUCCUUGCCUCCACUCUUCUCCCUUGGCUACCACCAGUGUCGCUGGAACUAUGAAGAUGAGAAUGAUGUAAAAGAGGUUGAUGCAGGUUUUGACGAGCAUAGCAUCCCUUAUGAUGUUAUGUGGCUUGAUAUUGAGCACACUGAUGGCAAACGGUACUUCACAUGGGAUAAAAAGAAGUUCUGCAAUUCUGACAGGAUGCAGAAGGAGCUUAUGAAGAAGAAACGCAAGCUGGUUGUCAUUGUGGAUCCCCAUAUCAAGGCUGAUCCUCAGUAUACCAUAUAUGCACAAGCCAAAGGAAAGGGGUAUUUUGUAAAAGAUCGUACAGGCAAGGAUUUUGAGGGCCUCUGUUGGCCAGGUCUUUCAUCUUAUCUAGAUUUUACCAAUCCCGAUGUCCGAGAAUGGUAUGCAGAUCAAUUUGCCUUCAAAAAUUAUAAGGAUUCUUCUGAGAUCCUUUUUGUAUGGAAUGAUAUGAAUGAGCCUUCUGUCUUCAGAGGGGUAGAACUAACCAUGCAGAAGGAUGCUGUCCACCAUGGUGCAUGGGAACAUCGAGAGGUUCAUAAUCUGUAUGGUUUUUACCAGCAAAUGGCAACUGCAGAAGGAUUGAUCAGGCGCAGUGAGGAACUGGAGAGGCCCUUUGUUCUCACACGCUCUUUCUUUGCCGGAUCACAGAAGUAUGGCGCUGUAUGGACUGGAGACAACAAAGCAGAUUGGAGUUACUUGAAAAUCUCCAUUCCAAUGUUGCUUACAAUCAGUAUGGCAGGAAUUUCAUUUUGUGGAGCGGAUGUAGGUGGAUUUAUUGGAAAUCCAAGUCCAGAACUACUAGUUCGAUGGUAUCAGGCUGGGGCGUUCCAACCUUUCUUCAGAGGUCAUGCAAAUAUGCACACCAGGCGUCGAGAACCAUGGCUUUUUGGAAAAGAGAACACACAAAUCAUCAGAGAGGCUAUCAAGGAGCGUUACUCCCUCCUUCCUUAUCUAUAUUCACUCUUCUACCGAGCUCAUACCGCUGCUGAGCCAGUCAUGAGGCCUGUCUGGGUUGAAUUCCCCAAGGAACUUAAAACGUUUGGCAUAGAAGAUGAGUAUAUGCUUGGAAAUGCUUUACUGGUUUAUCCAGUCACUGAACCAAAAGCCACUGCAGUCAAUGUCUUUCUGCCUGGUUCACAAGAGAUAUGGUAUGAUUUUCGAAGAUUUAGAAGGCUGGAAGGUCAAGGCACACUGAAGAUCCCAGUAACAUUGAAUAGUAUUCCUAUAAUUCAGCGUGGGGGAACUAUUAUACCACUAAAGACUUCUGCAGGAAAAUCUACAGCAUGGAUGACAGAUGUCCCUUAUAAACUUCAUGCAGCCUUAGAUUAUAAGGAAACCGCAACAGGUGAGCUGUACCUGGAUGAUGGCCAUUCAUUCCAGUAUCUCCAUAAGAAACAGUUCUUGCUCAGGAAGUUCACCUUCCAAGAGUGUGUCUUCUCAUCCAGGUGUGCAGAUGAGAAGGGCCAGUUCCAUACAAAAUGUGUAGUUGAACAAGUACUGAUUUUAGGAAUGAAAAAGCAACCUUCUUCUGUGACAGGCAGGAUCCAAGAUGGAAAGGACAAAGCAGUGGCUUUCACCUAUGAUGCCAAGAGCUCUGUGUUGACCCUUAAAAAUCUUUCAUUAAAUAUUUGCAUUGACUGGGAGAUUGAAAUCAAGUGAGAAGAUAAAUUGAGGCUUCAGACAAGUAUAUGAAAUAAUAGCUUGGAUGCUUCCACCAACUGAAGGAUUUAUGUCUGCUGAACAUGACCUCCUUGCUUCUCCCCUCCCAGUGCUCCCUGAAAUGCUGCUCCUGGGAGACAGGACUCCCCUCUCCACAGGAACAGCUAAUUUUCAACAUAUGAGUCUGCUUUAUAGUACUGUGUUAGAUCAAAUCAUCUGCUUUGACUAGCAGGGGUUCUCAGAGUCACAUUAACUACUUUUUAACUGCUUGUAUAUGGGACCUUACUGCAUGGAAGGUGGAUUAACAGUGAACCACAACACCUCCCCUAGCAUCACCUCCUUUAAAUAGACAAAAGCCAUAUGCUCUCAGAAUCAACUUCUGAAGGUUUCUGUUAAAUGAAUUCGUAAUAAUAUUUUUCAUGACUGACAAUUUUCUGCUACCACUUAAAUUUUUUUACAAGUAUGUUCCUGACAUUUGAUGAACAGUGGCACUUGAUGAAAGAUUCAGUGUUUAUGGGUGCUGCCUGGGUUAACAAUGUGCUGUGAAACAGAGAUUCCUACAAAAGGAACCUCCCAAGUUGUCUGCAGGUCUUGUAUCGCUAACACAUAGCUUCUGACAAGGAAUAUGCAUGGAAUAAAGAAAGCAGGUAGAUUGGGGCAACUGUACCAUGAUGCCAUGUCCACAGAGGUAGUUCAAGCAGAUCCUGAUUCUUUGCAGCUGAUGCCACCUGUAAUCAGACUUCACAGGAACAUUCCCAGGAUUGUAUGUAAGUAUAAUUACAAUGUAUAAGGAUACCCCUUCUCGGUACCCACCCUGAAAAUAAUCAUUUGAAGAUCCUAAAAUACUUUAAUGUGAGCAAACUAGGGCACAGUUGUGAAAAACAAAGUCUGAUAGGGCAUGAUUAUAACAGUUUCAAGGAAGCAAGCAAACCUAUAAGGAGUGGUCCAACUGCUAUUUUAUUUUGGGGAAGAUGUUACAGAAACACAGAUGUGUUCCUCAGGGAGUGAAACUGGAUUCCAGAGGAAACAAAAGUUUGAUUCUUAUCUCUGGUACCACCCCAGUAAUGCUCCUACUCAUGGGAAAGGUAGUAAAAUCCCAGAAGUGGCAUGGGAUUAUUUCUUUUUAUGGCCCACUUGCCUUCAGGUUUCUGUCCUGGUUGCUGAGCUUCUGAUAGGUAAAUAUAAUCAUGCUUAAAUUUAGAAAUCCAGUUUUAACUAAGAAGGGUGGGAGGACAUUGGGAGGUAAAUGCUAUUUCAGCUUCAAUAGAUGAAGUCUUUGCUUUGGUUUAACUAUUUUACAGUUUAUUAUUAUCAGGGCUUCUUUUGUAGCAGGAACUCCUUUGUAUAUUAGGCCCCACACCCUUGAUAGAGCCAAUCCUCCUGGAGCUUACAGUAGGCCCUGUAAGAAGAGUCCUGUAAACUCUUGGAGGAUUGGCUACAUCAGGAGUAUAUGGCCUAAUAUGCAAAGGAGUUCCUGCUACAAAAAAAGCCUUGAUUAUUAUUGUUUGCAAUGCUUAAUGGCUCAUCUCUUCACUGCCUACUCUGCCCUCUAUUGAGAACUCUUUAACAGGGCCCGAGCAGAAAAUCAUUUACUUCAUAUUCAUUUACCCAAUACACUUUCCUGUAACUAUAUAUUUCUCUCAUUUCCUUUUGGUUGCUUUUGUAGUGACUCAGUAAAUUCAGAGUGACUCAAUAAACUUUCAUUUUAAUCUA